AUGUUAACAUUAUACUUUUUUGCAGUAGGUUGUAAUUUAUUUGUAAACCAGGAAUUUGCAAAUUUUUUAAACGAGAAGCUUGACAUUAAAGAUGCUCUAUUGAAAAACAUCACCGAUGAAAAAAUAUCAAAGGAAAGCAUCAAUACUACAGAAUCUUCUAAAAAACCAAAUUCUGUUAAACUUGCAUCAGAAGAAGGUUCACAGGUUGAAAAAUCAGAAAAUAAGGAAAGUAAAGAAGAAUCAAAAGAAAAAAGCGAAGGAGGUCAGAAAAAUGAGGAAAGUGACAUUAAAACUGAAAAUGUUUUAAUACAACCUAUGCAAGUCAAAGGUAGAGAAGCUGUUCUUGUUAAAUCAGAAGACGGUGAGGGGAAACCACAUAUUAUAGUUUUAGCAGAUCAAGAGCUUAUGAAAAAUGAAGAAGAAUUAAAAAAAUUACCUGCUGCUAUUGGAGGCCAUGAAGGCGAAAAUAUUGGUAAAGAAGAAACGAAGGAAGGAGGUUCACAACAAAAAUCUAGUGAGCAACAAAAAGGAGGUUCACAACAAAAAUCUAGUGAGCAACAAAAAGGUGUUGAACAACAACAGCCUGGUGCACAACAAAAAGGUGGUACACAGCAAAAAGGGGAUGCACAACAAAAAGGUGGUGCGCAACAAAAAGGUGGUGCACAACAAAAAGGUGAUGCACAACAAAAAGGUGGUGCGCAACAAAAAGGUGGUGCGCAACAAAAAGGUGGUGCCAAGCAAUCUGCACCUGCAGAAAGUAAGGGAUCUCCUUUAACUAGUUCACCCAAAGAAAACAGCGACACAGAUAAAUCAAUAGUAAAAGAUCGAUUGGAAAAAAUUAAAAAUAAUAUAAAGACACAAGAAGGUCCUUGGGUUACCGUCAUAGUAGAUAAUGAGCCCAAAAAAGUAAAAGUAAACGUAAAAACUUUUACAAUUCUUGAAUCUAUUUCUCCUAAGGCUGUAACACAAGAAGAUUCGAAAGCAAUUACUGAUAAAGACCUUCCUUCAAUAUUAAAAAUCGACAAAAAAGAUGAAGUAAAAACGAAAAAAGACGAAACUAAAGAAAAAAAGGACAAAAGCAAAGAUGAUGUUAAAAAGAGUGCAGAAAAAAAAGAAAAAGAAAUAAAGAAAGAAGCUGAUGAAAAAAAAGAGAAGGCAAAGAACGACGAUAUAAAAAAUGAGGCAGAAAAAGAGUUGCAGAAAGUUGUUAAAGAUUUUAAGAAAAAAGAAGAAACCAUAAAAAAAGACUCUGAAAGCAAAAAAGAAGAUAUAAAAAAAGAAACAGAAAAAAUCAAAAGUAAAAAUGAGAAAGAAAAAGAAGGGGAGAAGAAGAAAAAAGAAAUUGAUAAAGAAGCCGAGAAGAAGUUAGAUGAUAACAAAAAUGAAUUAGAGAAAAAAAUAAAAGAGAUAAAAAAGAAUGCAGAGAAUAAGGAAGAGAAAUCUAAGGAAAAAGUAGAAACAGGUAAAAAAGAAGAAAAAGAAAAAAAGGAUAAAGUUUCUGAAGAUAAGAAAAAGGAAAUUAAAGAUUUAGAAAAGAAAACUAAAGAAAAAGAAGAGAAACUUGAGAAAGAAUCUAAGGAUAAAAAAAAAGAUGAUAAAUCAUUAAAAAAUGUAAAGUAUGAAACUGAAGAUAUUAAACCUGCCAAUAAGGCAGAUCCUGAAAAUAUUUGGGCUUCUAUUUUUGGUGGUUCUAAUGACAAAGAAUUAGAACCUCCUGAUCAAAAAAGAUUAAAUGGAGAAAAAUCACAAAAAAAAGAAACCCCAUCUGGUGGUGCUAAAAAUGUAAAGAAUAAAGAAGAAGAAAAAAAGAAAGUAAAUGAAGAAAAAAAGAAAGUAAAUGAAGAAAAAAAGAAAGAAGAAGAAAAAAAGAAUAAAGAAGAAGAAAAAAAGAAUAAAGAAGAAGAAAAAAAGAAUAAAGAAGAAGAAAAAAAGAAAGAAGAAGAAAAAAAGAAAGAAGAAGAAAAAAAGAAAGAAGAAGAAAAAAAGAAAGUAAGUGAAGAAAAAAAGAAAGAAGAAGAAAAAAAGAAAGAAAAAGAUGGAAAGAAUAAAGAAGAAGGAGAAAAAAAGAAAGAAAAAGAUGGAAAGAAUAAAGAAGAAGGAGAAAAAAAGAAAGAAAAAGAGUCGACAGAAGCCAAAAAAGCUCUUGAAUCUGUUGUUUUUGAAAAUAAUGAUGAGGGAGUAAAAUCAAUAGCUACUAAAAAAGGCAAGUUAACAGUAAAAAAUGAUAAAAAUUCUGCUUCUAUGGAUGAUCUUCUUUUUGUUCUGAAAAAUAUGCCUGGAAAGGUUAACAUCAAUAAAGAAGGAAAAGAAAUUUAUAUAGAAGGAGAUUUUAUAGCUCCCAAAGAAAAAAAUUUAGAUGAAAUGGGAUACAAGUUUAGUGGUGUCAUAAAAUCUAAAGGAAGUUUAGGUAAAAAAUAA